GUGCUGUCCCAUAACCUGUGCACGGUGCUGAAGGUUCCUCACGACCCCGUGGCCCUGGAAGAGCACUUCCGCGAUGAUGAUGAAGGGCCCGUCUCCAAUCAGGGCUACAUGCCGUAUUUAAACAAGUUCAUUCUGGAAAAGGUCCAAGACAACUUUGACAAGAUUGAAUUCAAUCGGAUGUGUUGGACCCUCUGUGUCAAAAAAAACCUCACAAAGAGUCCCCUGCUCAUUGUAGAAGAAGAUGCAUUUAAAAUAUGGGUUAUUUUCAACUUUUUAUCUGAGGACAAGUAUCCAUUAAUUAUUGUGCCGGAAGAGAUUGAAUACCUACUUAAGAAACUCACAGAAGCUAUGGGAGGAGGUUGGCAGAAAGAACAAUUUGAAGAUUAUAAAGUCAACUUUGAUGACAGUAAAGAGGGCCUUUCUGCAUGGGAGCUCAUUGAGCUGAUAGGAAAUGGACAGUUUAGCAAAGGCAUGGACCGGCAGACAGUGUCUAUGGCAAUUAAUGAAGUCUUUAAUGAGCUUAUACUAGAUGUUUUAAAACAGGGUUACAUGAUGAAAAAAGGUCAUCGGCGGAAAAACUGGACUGAACGCUGGUUUGUCCUAAAGCCCAGCAUCAUUUCUUACUAUGUGAGUGAGGACCUGAAGGAUAAGAAGGGGGACAUCGUCUUGGAUGAGAACUGCUGCGUGGAGUCUCUGCCUGACAAGGAUGGAAAGAAGUGCCUUUUUCUAAUAAAAUGUUUCGAUAAGACCUUUGAAAUUAGUGCUUCAGAUAAGAAGAAGAAACAAGAAUGGAUUCAGGCCAUUCAUUCUACCAUCCAUCUGCUGAAGCUGUGCAGUCCUCCACCACACAAGGAGGCCCGCCAGCGGCGGAAAGAACUCCGGAAGAAGGUGAUGGCGGAGCAGGAGGAGCUGGAGCGGCAGAUGAAGGAGCUGCAGGCUGCCAAUGAAAACAAGCAGCAGGAGCUGGAGACCGUGAGGAAGAAACUGGAGGAAGCAGCUUCCCGUGCAGCAGAAGAGGAGAAGAAACGCCUUCAGACUCAAGUGGAGCUGCAGGCCAGGUUCAGCUCGGAGCUGGAGCGUGAGAAGCUGAUUAGGCAGCAGAUGGAGGAGCAGGUCGCGCAGAAGUCCUCCGAGCUGGAGCAGUACCUUCAGCGAGUGCGGGAGCUGGAGGACAUGUACCUGAAGCUGCAGGAGGCCCUGGAGGACGAGCGCCAGGCUCGGCAGGAUGAAGAGACGGUGCGCAAGCUGCAGGCCAGGUUGCUGGAGGAAGAGUCUUCCAAGAGGGCGGAGCUGGAGCAGUGGCACCUGGUGCAGCAGCAGGCCAUCGCCACCACGGAGGCGGAGAAGCAGGAGCUGGAGCACCAGCGCACCGAGAAGGAGCAGGCGCUGCAGGAGGCCAUGGCACAGCUGGCGCAGCUGGAGCUUGAGCGGAAGCAGGCGCUGGAGCAGUAUGAGGGAGUUAAGAAGAAGCUGGAGAUGGCAACUAAUACGACGAAGAGCUGGAAGGACAAAGUGGCCCAUCACGAAGGGUUGAUUCGAUUGAUAGAACCAGGUUCCAAGAAUCCUCACCUCAUCACUAACUGGGGACCCGCGGCCUUCACCCAGGCAGAGCUGGAGGAGCGGGAGAAGAACUGGAAAGGGAAGAAGACCACGGAGUGACCGAGCCAGGCCGCCGUCCCCUCCGCGUGUACAUACCAGUGUGGCCCCAGAGCUUUCUGCUGAAGAUGAAAGAACCCGGCUUUGCUGCUUCGAGCUCUGCUCCCCUCCGCGCCUCUCCCGGGGUCCAGCCCCUAAGGAGGCCUUGUCUGCCCGCCUGCCCAUCCGCGAGGGCUUCCCCGCAAAGAAAAAAGUCAGUGUUGUCAGGCGCUUCUUUCCUCUUUCUUUGACACCUUGGGCUUCUGACAGUUCCGUGCAGCUGAGAUUCUCCUUGGAAUGAGGCGAACACAGAGCACAGUCAGCUGCGGCCUGGACGGUCUGCGCCUCUGUGGCCCGGGUGUCCUGGUUCCUGGCUGCUCCUUUCCUCUGCUGGGCGCCCAAUUCAGCGAGACAGACCGGCCAGUCCGCCGCCGAGACGUCCUGGAACCGCUUUCCCCGCUCACCCUUCUACUAGCGCAUGAUCGGGCAGGGGAGCUUUCCCGGCUGUCUGCCCACGUAUUCCUCGCCCCAGGCCGUGGCUUGGGGUGUGUGGUUUCCAGUUCCCUCCCCUGCCCACCCUCGAGGAAGACAUCCAGGGGCGCACUCAGCCAGGCCUCUGGGGUCUUCUUUAUCUAUCUAGGGAGAACAGGCUGUCGGGCCUGUGCCACGCAGCGGGAGGGUCACGUUCAGUAGUAGAAGGAAGCCAGUUUGAAAUAAAAGUUACUUGGACAAUUUGUAAAGCAGAUUAUGUGCUCCUGGGCAGCGGGAAGCGACCGUGUGGCUGCAGGGAGGCGGGGCGUCCUGAAGACGAGGUUGUCACUGUCCGGGCCGUGGAGCUGGCGCUCAUCAGUGGGGCAGCUUUUCUGCUCUCCCACGGGUGGCAGGGAGGAAAUACCCAUAAAAAUGAGCGUCACAGGAAAGUUGGGAUCAGAGUUUCUGUGCAUCUGACUUGAAAGAAGUGUUGGGAAAGCUGUCGUGUGUAUCUUUGGAUUGCAGUACUAGGAAAAGAAGCCUUCCCAAACUAGUUACUUAGAAGCAGCAAUAACUUCCUGGACAGCAGUGAUGCAUAUAGUUGUUCAGAAAUACGGGGUGAUUCCACGGUUACACAAAAGGCAGAAUUUGGCAGAAGGCACCGGUCCUGUCCGCGAGCACCGAGCCCCGAGCGUCCUGACCUCGCUCGCAGGAGAGCAGUAAGGGGGCGCUUCCCACGGGAGCGCUGCAGUGGGAGCUCCGCGGCUACGCUGUCUGCUUUUAGAGAUUUCAGGGCAGGUAUUUAUUUACAUGGGAGGAAACUGGAAUGUAAUUCCACAAAUCCUCACCUUCUAUGACUGGAAAAUAUUUGCCAAUGAAGUAGUGUUUAGAAAUCUAUCUUAAGGUUUUUACCUGUUUAAUUAAAAGUGUAGUUUAACGCCGUCUUAUAGUUGCCAUUAUAAAGUUCAGAUUUUUCUCUGACAUAUCUUUGUCAUGUGCCUUCCAAACUGAACGGUGAAUUCGGGGAGUUGGUUUCUGACCAGCCACGUAACAGUAUUAUCAUUUUAUUCAGUGGCUGGCAGGUGUAUUGAUUAGAUCAGCCGAGAGUGGAACUUGCCCGUGGCUCUGUUCCACGUCACGCCAGGGGACUCCGUGGUCCCUCAUAGAAGGACAGGAGACACAAGCCGGUGAUGUCUGUGACAGCAUGGCGGGAGGGUGAGGUGUGAACGUCCCUCGGGACAUCCGGCUGGACAGCUCGGCCUCACUCUUGGGCCCAGGCUUCCGGCCGAGGUGGCGGCUUCCUUGACCUGACCGCGCUCCAUGCCGUGGCUGUCAGAGGCGUCUGUUCAGGGCUCGCUGCUUCUGGUUUUACAUCCUGUGGCUUCAGUGACGCCAUCUCCAGGGGGCAAAAUCUCUUCACACAGCAGGUAGAAAAGACAGCGCACAGAAAUGAACUGUGGUGGAACGACGUUUCGAUACUAACCGAAUUCCUCAAAGUACUGAAAACGGUGUAGCUGCCGGAGUACAGUACCCGGAGAGCCCUCGUAGCUCUUGUAAUUACUGUACAGCAGGUUUCAGGAGUGUUUAUCGUAAUCGAGCCCUUUUCCUCAAUAAAUCGAGAUAGGAUGGGAUCUAUUUCUUUACAGGAAUUAUGCAUGAAAAAGUUCAAAAAUGUGUUUUUGUGAUUUGCAAUAUUGAGGGACCAAAAUAUUUAUAGUUUUCAAACUUUCUUAUCUAAAAAUUGUAUAAUGCAAUAUGCUCAACUGUCUUAAAUUUUUGCUAAUUUUCCUAAGACAUAUUAAAAUAUUUUGUAUUUUUUUUAGUAAAUGAGCCAGUAAGAAAAUUAAAAACACCAGAACAUCGUACAUUUUAAACGGUUGGCUUAAUAAAGCAGUGGGGUGAAGCUGUG